AUGCGGGAAAACCCCAGUUUGAGUCGGAUUCCAUUCGGAAGGUCUUUCUAUUAUAAAGAAACAGACAUUGAACUCGGUGGAGGAAUCAUAUCUUCGAUGGGAUUCCAUCAGAGCUUGAAACCAACUGCUCAAGGUCUGUCCAUGUGCAUUGAUUACAAAGUCAUACCGUUACAACUACCAGUCAAAGUGCCGAAAUUUCUCGAAGAACAUCUUGACCUUAAGUUCAAUGCGAACACGUCGUUGAAUGAUAAAGAAUGGAAGCGUGUUGAGGCGGACUUGAAGGAAUUGAAAGUGACGGUGAUUCACCAGAAAACUUCUCAUAAGUACGUUGUUGCAGGGCUAACACCGGAUAUCUCGAACAAUAUGAAAUUUGAGAAUGACAAGGAUUCGAAAAGGAUGGUUUCUGUUGUUGAGUAUUUUCGGGAGAUUCAUGGGGAGGAAGUAGAGCACAAGCGUCUGCCUUGCUUGGAUUUGACCAAGAACAAGAGGCUGAAUUACGUGCCGAUGGAGUUCCGCGUGCUUGUAGAAGAGCAACGGUACCCGAUUGAGUCUUUGCACUGGAAUGAAGCUUUAAAAAUUAGAGAAAAGGCUUUGAUCACACUGCCUAAUUUGAAGGAAGCGAUUUAUGAAAUGAUUAAAGACAAGGAUGGGCCUUGUGGGUAA